UGGCUAUAGCGUUAUUAAAUUAAAUAAUUUAGUUCGAACGCUUCAAAACUUAUUUUACAUUUCGGUUUAAACAAUGAGCUUUGUAGCGCAUAUGACCCGGAACUGUAACCGACAUGACACUUGAACUUGGUGUAUACGGUAAUGGGUAGGUCACGUUUGCGCCGAAAGCUAUUGUUGCAAUAAAUUAUUUAAACUAUAAGCAGCAUUUAAUGGACAUAAAAGGUUAAAAAUAAUCGCAUAUCACAAAUGACUUUAUGCCAAUUUGGGAGUGAAAAGACGAAACAAUCGCUCGUUAAGAAGCUAACAGUCUCAUUGGGUGAUAAUCGCUCGUGCAGUAGUGCAGUAAAACAGAAAUGGAGUCCCAGCAGGAAGUGAACCCUGUAUUCCUGCAGCAGCUCAGAGAGUUGGACAUACCUGAGGAGGCAGCAAAACAGGCACUCUUGCACACACAGAAUGUGUCUGCGGAGGAGGCUGCAAUGUAUUACUUCAACAAACUAGAGAAUGAGGAAGAGGGUGAUGAGGACAUGAUGUUCAAAAUGGUGUUUGUUGUAAAUAUGGAGCUGUCCAUGGGUGUGGGAAAGGUGGCAGCGCAGGUGGGUCAUGCUGCAGUGGGUUUGUAUCAGGCCUUGCAGGAGAAAAACAGUUGGAGGGAAAUGGCCUGGAGAUGGGACCAUGCUGGAGCAAAGAAGAUUGUGUUACAAGGCACUAACAUGGCACACCUUUUGGAGUUGCAGGCUCUUGCUAUGAGCCUCAGUCUUCCUACAAAGCUGGUACAGGAUGCUGGACACACACAGGUGGAGCCAGGUUCAUGCACCGUACUUGCCAUCAUAGGAGAAGAGGAGAUGGUGAAUAAUGUCACGGGCAGUCUGAAACUGCUUUGAGGAAACUACCGUAAUGCUGAGGAAAACUUUUCAAAAGUGUAGGUUUGUGAUGUACCACAGAAAGAACAGGGGUCAGUGUUUCCCCACAGUAGCAUGGUUUUCCUCCCGAUAAUGGUGCACUCAGUAAUUUUUGGUUAAAAUUGUGAUGACUUACACUGACACCUAACAACGUGGAUGCAUCUUUACACAAAAGCAAACAUUUUCUGUUACUGAUACCUAGGGGUGGGUUAUAUACCAUUAUAAUUUUGUUAAUCAGUAUAACUAUGUGUAUUGUUUUUAUUGUGGUUAUGCCAGUUUUUCCUGCAGUUCUGAAAUUCAAGUAUCGCAGCAAAAGAAACCAUAGUUUACUCCAGUUGUGAAUGUGAGUUUGCAAUUUGAAUUGAAUGCCAGUGUAUCGCAAAAUAACGGUCUUUCUAUUUAGCUAUCAUUGCGAGUAGCACACAAAACGCAGAACAAACAACGCCGAAUAUUCCGAUUUACAAACAAUACACAUACAUUACAGCUUUCACUUAAUCCUUAUGAAAAGUGUUCACACGGAGUAAAUUAUUAAAAAAAUUGAGAACUUGGAAUAUAUUCAAUUAAAUUAUAAGGGGUAAUGGGAAUUCUAUAUAGUCACUGAAAGGUUUUCAGUAUUGUCAUGGAAGGUUAUCCGACAUGUAAAAUGGAGAAGAGGCUUUAGAACAAAAAAAAAGUCAUCAUACUAAACAUACUUAACUUGUAUUGUUUAUUCAUUGCUUGCAGUAAAAACAAGAUAAAGAUGAUGUAAUCAAUAAAACACUAUAUAUUAAGUUCCAUUGCAGUAUUAGUGAUACAAAUCUCAAUUUUAGAUCUACCAUUGCUUGGAAAUUGGAUUCAUAAAUAUUCUUAAACUGUAUAUUGUGAUGUAUAUUGGUCUCGAUAAUAUUGUUACAUUUUUGCUUGUAUCACACAUUCUUACCAAUACCAGUGUAGCAUGUAGAAAUGCAGAGUAAGCCAUGAUUUAUUUAUUACUCAAUCAAAAUAGGGUAGAAGUUGAAUUACUGAGAUAAAAUUAGUAGAAUUUGACUGCCAAUGCAACCCACAUGAGGUGACUUUUAUUAAGCCAAUGAAAUUACUGUCAUCCUCUCAUAUAAGUGUAUGUGAUUUAAAACCUUUCUUUUAAAUAUUACAUUUAAUUUAUUUUGUACAGCUUUUUAAUGAAGGAAGAAAUUACUGAGUGAACCUGUGGAAAAACGCCUACAUACAGUAGUUUAACGCAACAGGUAUGUUUAAAUAAUUGCAUUUUAAAGCUCUUAAGUUACGUGAGAAGACAACUAAUUGAUAUUAUCAACAGGUCCCUAAAUUUCUAUAGAGCUAAAAAAAAUCCUUAAAGAGGAGAUGUCAGUUAAAUAGCAGUGUGUAAAAAUGUAUAAUGAAUUAUAAUCACAUGCAAGUGUUAUACUUAAUGUGCCUGUAGAACCCAAUGUUUUGAUGAUUGUGAAAUCAAAUAGCCAUUGUCAAAGUAUAAUGUAUAACAUGUUUCUUCUUUUUUUUAUUGUGGGAAUAUUUUUUAUUGUUUACAAUUAAAUGUACCCAAUCCCUUUGUGAUGAUAAUAUCAA